UAAACUCUUUCUAGAUUGGCUUAUUGGCAGGUUUAUAUAUUAUAUAUCCAACAAUACCGUGUAUGUAGCUUUUGGAAUUAGAAUUGUAAGCUCCUCCCUAAAAUGCAGUCAGAUUAAAUACAUUCCUUUAAAUUAAACACAGAUAAUGAGUUAUGGGGUUUCUUAUACUAGUCUCAAAAUAACUUAUAGUUUAGUAUUGCUAUUGUAUUUAUUUUUAAACAAGCUUCUUUAAAGACGACAACCAACAACUACUUAUUGUCUACUUUCUCGAUGUUACAACAUUUUAGCGCAAAUAGAUAUUUCAUUAAAAUUCAACUCCAACAAUUUACACACAACAGAAUGAGUGAUUGCCUACUAAAACAACAAAACAACAACAACAAAAUACACUGUAAAUGCAUUAAUUUUCCAAUCACGAAAACCCCAGCAAAGAAGUUUACGCCUCUUCAUGUACGCCAAAAUAUAAAUAAAUACUCAUUCUUAUUAGCGGCACCGAUACUCAUUACCACAAAAGCUAGAACAGUAAUCAAACAGUGAGCUGCGUUUCUUCGGGUGUAUGUAUGUGUGUGUGUUCGUAUUUUGGACUGAGUGCAAUGCGCAAUGGUUUGAGUGCGUUGAUUUCGACUUGUCAUAAGAGAAUGCAGGAAAAAACAAACACAAAUAACAACAACAAUAGCAUUUGCUUGACAUUUUUCUAUGCGAAAGAGAUGGCAAAUAGCAGCGAAAGAUAUGCUCUUAGAGGCAAAGUAAAUGCUUUGUAAAUGUUGAGAAAUUGCAGUUCCAUUUUUACAAGUCCUCAGCGCAAUAAUACUUUGGCGUGCAUGUAAGGCAGAGAAAGAGUGUCCAGUAUUCUGUACUCUUUCACGUUUUCUUAAGCGCUCUGUGUUGAUGGCAAGUAAAAAAUUGCAAUAAGCGCACAUACUUUUCCACCAAACAUGCCAACUCAACCAAUACAAAGAGGUUUGAAAAAAUUCUAGCAGCGACUGCGCUGUUCGCGCAAGCAGCGGCAGAGCUUGUGGUGAAAACUCACGCCAUUCUGAACAAACACACACACACACACACAUAUACAACCAUUGAAGUUGCUUGCGCUUGUAGUGGUGCCGCGACAGUGUGAGCUUGAAUGCAGGCGCUCGAGUAAGUAAGUGAGUGAGUGAGUGAGCGCGCGUGAGUGUAUUGGUAUUUUUGCCAGCACUCACACACAUACACACACAUUAUAGUGUGGUCUUGCUUGCGGUGUGUCCUGACGCUUUUUUACACCCCAUCUAGUCUACCGGCUGCGUUGUUGAAUGGCAGAAAUGGAAAAAAAUUGCUUCAAAUUUUUUAACUCAAAAUGAGUGAGCGCCAGGUAUGAGUUGGUGAGCACGCUGCAGUUGAGCAGCUAGCAAGCAGUGUUGUUGACUGUUGUCGAGCGCGGCGCUGCGAGUGAGUGAGUUGGUAGACCAUUUAGUUGGGUUCUAUGAAUGUUCUAGUAGUGACGAGCGGUGGGGCGCUUGUGUGCGAAUGUGCAUUGCUGCUCAAUGCAUUGGUGGUGUCGCAUGCUUGCACAUAUACAUUUUGUAUUUUUGUAUUUGUAAGCUUUGUGCAAUUUUUCUACUUCUCCGUAUGUCUCUUUACUUGUAUGUAUGUGUACUUGUUUCAUUAGCGUGUUGCGCUCGCAUGUAUGCUUUCAUAUGUUUUUGGUUUUUGUGGCGAGCGCUGUGUUCUGAGCGCCAAUGUUGUCUGCUGGCUUACAAACACAAGCGCGCCUUUUUUCCAAAUAAAUUUAUAGAGCGCAAAGCCAUUAGUGUUGUGUUGUGCGAAUUCUCCCCUUUAUGGCAUGUAGUGGCAGCGCUCAGCUGUGCGCGUUGUAAUGCAUUUUUUACGGUUCUUAUUGGUGCUCGCCACCUAAUUAAUGAGCGCAUUGAGUGCAAAAGUGCAGCGCGUUCUUUAGUUGCUGCUCGAAAAUUGAAAAACAAUAUUAUACCGUGUCUCUGUAAACAUACACUCCUCUAUCGUGUACAAUUUUUUUGAAUAUUCUGCCGGUGCUUCCAUUCGUUUGCGCCAAUGUCAUUCAUGCUAGUCUCAGCGAGCGCCUUCCGCCCCACAUGCUAAAAAACACUGCAUUCUUACUCACUACCAUAGCGCUGCUCUCUUUGUUCUGUUGCAUGCAUGCGCUCGCUUGCGGCGCUCUUUACUGAGUAAAAUUGCAAUAUGCCGUUUUUUAUUUCGUCUUGUCACCGCAUUCGCUGCAGCGCGCCAAUCGUGCAUUUUAGCUGCCAUUGCUUGCAUUGGUGGAUGUAAGCGCGCCAUGCCGCUCUAGCGCUGCAACGUUGCUUAAGUAUUUCGUUUAUUUUUUUUGGUUCGUUCCUGCAUACUUUGCCUCCUUUUGCGUCGUCGUCGUCGUCGUCGUCGUCCUGCUCCACCACCUCACGCGCACUCGGGUGAUAUGCAACGGCAGCGCGCACGUUCUGUCGUCGCGUUAUUCUCGACGUCGUGGCAGCGCGCGUCGCCGUGCGCUUUGUGGUGUUGUGAUAUAAUUUUUAUAGUCGAGUCGGCUCGACAGUCGCAAAAACGCAACGCAUCCGAUAUGCAACGGAACGCAUUUUCGGACGCGGCCCGAGUCGAUCCGAGUAGCGUCCGAUCGCGCGUCCAGCAAUAGUUUUUUGAAAACUAAACAUUUUUGUUGAAAAAAAUAAAAUAAAAUAAAAUACACACACACACAAAUAUUUUUGUUGAGUUGAAAAAAAAGUAUACAAAAAUAAUAAAAACAAGAACUUAGCGCUAUAUAUUCAAAAAAUAUAUAUACAUAUACAAACAAGAAAAAAAUUAUAAUAAUUUACAAAAAUCAAAUGAAAUUACAAAGAAAAUAAAUUACAAAAACAAAAAAAGUUGGCAAAAAUGAAAAUGAGUUUUUAGUAUUUUACAAAGACACAAAACAUAUGUAUAUACAUACAACUGUAGUAAAACAUAAAGUGCAAUCAAAGAGAGUAUAAUACAAAAAUUAAAAGAAUACGAAAUAAUUACACAAAAUCACAACAACAACAAGAGCAGUGAACAUAUAUGCCAACAAAACACAAAAAGCGUGUGUGGCAUGCAACGCAUGAAAUUUGUAGCAAGUAAGCGUUUGUAAAGCGACAAAAGUUUGCAAGAAAGCAUAUACAACAACAAAAAAUAUAACAACAAACAAACACAGUUGCCAGAUAAUUAAAAAAGUAAAUUUCCUUUUUUGCUUUUGAAUUAUUUGAACAAACAGAAAAACGACGUUUUAUUGCAAAUAUAUAUGAAACAGUUAUAUAGUAUAUUAAACAAAAACAACAACAAUAAUAAAUCAAACGCAACGUUUGUUGUAAAUAGCGGCAGCAACAGCGAACGGACAGCAGGCAGCAGACGACAACUGCAGUGGCCGCAAGCUUUCCAGCGCCACUCCAUUGCAUACCAGCCAACAAACAUACAUACAACAGCCACGCAGUCAGCAGCAGCAACAACAAUCACAAUAAUACGGCGUUUAAUUAAGCAAUACCUACGCGAUUGGCCCAUGGAAAAAUUGGCUUAGAACGGAUCGCUGAGGAGUUGAUGGAACGCAUGAAAUGGAAGCAAUAUCAAGAGCCAUUAACUACGCGCGUCCAUACAAAUCACACCGUACAAUCGCCAGCCGAAACAGCAGCAACAGCAGAAUUGCCACCAGCAACAGCUGCCGCCAAUACAGCAGCGACCUCAGUAGCCCCACAAAUCCCAGUAGAACGGCAGACAUCCACAGAGUACAGAUCGAUAGCAGACGAUCAACAACACAACAUUCAGCUUGGAGGAGACAAGAAGAUUACACAUUUACAGCAACAAGAAUUGAUCAACGAUCUCGCAGACGCCAAGAGUGCGCAGAGUGCAUCAUCACCCCAACUACACGGUCAGAGCAACGGCACUACAGUAGACAACUGCAACAACAGCAGCAGCAAACACGAUCUGCCAAACGAGGAGCAGACACACGAACGCACAGUCGAAGGCGGAACGAACGCCACAGAACAACAACAAAACAAAGGAAAUACGCAACAAAGCAACUGCGUAGAAGACACCAUCAAGGGUAAGGAGAAUCGAGCGGUGCAAGCUGUUGCAGACAAUACAACAACAUCACAUAACCACAACCAACUUCACCAUAAUAACAGUAAUAGUUUUACAUUAAAUAAUAAGACAAAUUGUGGCAACCACAACGGCAACAACAACAACAACAAUAAUAAUACAACAAUAAAAUCAACAAAUACAACAUCACACACAAACAUCACAAGCGUUAACGCCAAUCAGAAUAGCUUGUCAACUGUAACAACAUCACCACCGUCAACGCAUCCACCGCAGCGUGCCACUGAAGCGUCUGAGCGACAGCGUACGCCCACCGUUGAACCGGUCGAUUGGAAACCGAAUGAGAAGUGUUAUUUUUGUGUGGACGGCAGAUUACUCACGGUGAACACGAAGGGUGAACUAGUUGCCGAGCCGGCGGGCCCAAUAGUGUCCGCCGUCGGCGGUGAUCCAGUGGAACACGUUCACAGGCAGCUUGAGACCGAUAGCGAUUCGAAUGAAUCAGCGCAUGUGAAUUUGGUGACAACUGCGCCUGUAGUUAACAACAACAACCACAAUAUAAACAACAACAGCAACAGUAAUAUAAAUAACAAUAACAACAACAAUAAAAACAACAACAAUCGCAUCGACUGGAACAAGCUGUUGACGACACGUUUAGUUGAUUUGCCAGCGAAUAUGACUUCAAUGGAUUCAAUGGCCGCGCAGUUAGCAGUCAUUUCUGGUUACCCAAAUUUUAAUUGGCUACAAUUGAUGCAGCAACAACAACAACAGCAAGAACAGCAGCCACAUCCCGCACCGAUACAACAGCAACAACCAAGACAGCCACAGCAGCAGCACCAACAACAACAACAACAGCAACAAAUAAGUUCGGCGACACCAACUACCUCAGAGACAUCGGCCGCCGCUGUUAGUCCACCACUCAAGGAUUCGCCCAGUCCCAGUGAUGCAACCGGUGAACAACCCUUAGAUCUUAGUUCGAAACCAUCACCAAAUUCGUCUAUUAGCGGCGAUUUGAAGUCAGAGCGCUCUAAGACGAUGCGCGCCACGCCCAUACUCUCUUCACGUCGCCCGUGCACCGAAAACGCGCUAAGCAGCGCCGUACAAGAAUUACUCAGUGGAAAGUAUAACACAAGUAAACCGCCAGAACAAUACGCCAGCAGUUCCAGCGUGAGCCCAGGACGCGCCAGAUCCAACCGCAUCGGAAUGAGUGGUAGACGCGCUAAUGUGCAUCUCGCCAACGCGCUCUUACACGGCAUGGACGUGGACAAGGAUAUGUCCGGCGAUGAAUGCAGCACUGGAGAAGGCAAUGCAGGCAUAGCUGGUGGACAUGGGAGUAAUGCCUCAACACCGCAACCGGAAAUCGCCACACACACUACACUAGAGGAGUUAGCCAACCGACUGACGUCGCAUUCGUUGCGGAAAUAUUGUGUGAAUAAUGGCAGCGGUGAUGCGGGGCGACGUGAAAUCGGCAAUGAUGCGGGCAAUUGCAAUGAUUUGUCCCCAAAGCCGAAUAAUAUGUAUAUAGAUGGCGCCAAGUGUGACACCGGUACACCAUCGAGCAGCGCUACGCCACAACCGCAGCAAUCACCGCCAUCGGCUGGACUUGAUCCCACAUUAGCGAUUUUGCAGGCAUUUCUUUUUACGCUCACCAGCUUUGGCGCUUUUCAGCAACGUGCCGAUCAGCCGGUGACGUUGCGUGAUCUGGUGGCCAACCUGAAGGAUAUGUUGGAAACGCAUACAGCGGGAGAUUUGAGUGUGGAGGGUCUUUUUAGUAAUGGCAAACCGAAUAUAAUGGAUCAACCGUUGUUGGCGCAAAAACUACAACAACAAACGUCAGCGUAUGCGACACAACGUCUGCCCAAAUCAGAUACACCCGAGACUACAAGUUCGAUGGAUCACCAUGAGCCGAUUGGUGAUGAUCUGGCUGCGUCGAUUCUUAAGAUUCCGUCCUAUAAGCCAGUGGCAGGCACGCCGACAGCCUCGUCGGGUGCAGCACGUGCCUCAUGCUCGCCAUCUUUACUGUGCAACAAUUCCACCGCCAAUUCCAUGCCAAAUCCCAACGGCGAUAGUCCGCAUUCCGCGCCCUCACCACGCAUCGCCAACUCUAUGCUGGCCGCUGCAGUGGCGGCCGCUAGCAAUAAUGGCAACUCUGCAUCUGCCGGCCGUCAGGGUAAUGAUCUGUCUGUCAUUUCGCCGCCAUUAAUGCAGCACCGCCAAUCACCACCGUCGUACAGUUUUCGCGAUAUGAUCGCACAUGGCAUUCACCGCACUAUGAACGAGCAAGCCAAUCAAGAAGCCCAUGCCGCGGCCGCUGCUGUUGCUGCGGCUUCAGCACCAAUGCUGGGCUUGUGUUUGGAUAUGGAACGUUCGACUAACAACAAUAGCGGCAGCAGUGUGGAUCAUAAGAAACCGACCAUAUCGGUGGUGAAGAAUAUAGGUGGUACCGAUACAGCACGGUUUGGUGCUGUACCCAAUGUGUUGGCUGGUUCCAGUGUGGCUGGUAGUAGUAGCAGCACGCACAAUUCACAUGGCUACCAUCAGGCGCACAUGCAUCACCACCUGCCACACCACCUAAGUCGUCAAGAAGCUGCAGCGCUGGCAGCCGGCAAAGGUACUCGACCCAAACGUGGCAAGUACCGCAACUAUGACCGCGACAGUUUAAUCGAAGCAGUGCGUGCGGUGCAACGCGGUGAAAUGUCGGUGCACCGUGCAGGCAGCUACUUCGGUGUGCCACAUUCAACACUCGAGUACAAAGUAAAGGAACGACAUUUGAUGCGACCGCGUAAACGUGAGCCCAAACCGCAGCCUGGACUAGAUGGUAGCAGCAGCACGACAACGGGCAAAUCAAACUCCAACAUUCCUGGUCAUCACAACAAUCUGAGCAAAAUCAAGUUGGGCAACGCUGCCAGCAGUAGUGUCAAUUCCAAGCUCAACGAAGCGCAUAAAGGCAAUAGUAACUCAGCGGCGGCCGCAUUCCCAACCACUGCACCGAAUGGCAUGAAAAUGCCGCUCUUCGAUCCUAUCCAAUAUCCGGCACAUCUAUUUUGGAAUCACUCGCCAGCCUUCAGCCAAAUGCAAAUGGAAUUCAAUCGCAAUGCAAUGGCUGCGCAAAGUGCCGGUGCUGCCAGCGCGGCACAACGCUACACCGAAGAAACAUUACGUGGCGUUGGUGGCACAUCGGCGGGUACGCUUUCAAACGCCAACAGUCCCAGUCCUAAUGCCAGUCCGUUGUCCACAGCGGCAAGUCAUUCACUCAAUAUGAAAAGUGCGCGUGAACUUGCCGAGAAUUUGUAUGAGAGUGCUGGUGCAAAUGGUUCCUCAAUACUCGACGGCAUCAUAAGGAAAACACUCGAUCGCAAAAGCACCGAUGUAGGACCGCCAAAUAGCGCUACCGCCGGUGGCGCACUACUCGACCAGUUGCUGGUCAAUAAAAGUGCGCUACCACCAUAUGCCAGCAACAACACUAACGAUCAUCGCUCACCGAAUGCCAUGAGUAACCUACGCGCUAAACGUGCCGGCAGUCCGUUGGCAUAUACCGAAAUUAAGCGUGAACGCGGCAGUCCACCACACAGUAGCGGCGAUGACGAUGAUGACGACGCCUCACGCAGCGGCAACGACGAAAGUAGUUAUGAGCACAAUAACAACAACAACAGCAAAAGUAGUUACAUCGGCAAUAAUGAGUUACACCUGCAGCAUCAACACUUACACCACCAGCAACGUAGUCGCAGCCGCAGUCGCUUAACCUCCCACGACUCCGCCGAAACCGAUACGAGUAGCAUACCAAGCGAGCUCAUGCCCAAUCACAAUAACGGUAACAAACUUGCUGCCGAUCUGAAUGGCAAUGGCGGCAGCAGUAUAUUACCCAAAGUGGAACCACCACUGGAUUUUGGACACGCGCCGCCCGCGUUGGGCAGCACAUCAAUACUACAGGAAAAGUUGGCGCAAAUCAAGGCCGAGCAGGAGAGUGAAGAGCACUUAUAGAGAUGAAUGAUCUGGCAAUACGGCAUGCCAUUAAAUUAGUGGUACUAACCGCUAACGAGUUGGGGGUGACAAUUAAUAAUGGUGCUGAUUUAGGCUCAGUGAACGGGCGCGUAGCCAGACGGCACCGACAGGCGUACAAAUCUACUUUGAAUCCAAGUUGAAAGGGCAUGGAAAUGGGCGCAGCAGUAUACUGUGGAACUGCAGGCAUACUCUAGGAAAGCUGUUGGACGAAACUAUUUGAACUUGUGGCACAUGCUAUGUAGUACGAAAGUUGGAAUCCGCGAUCAGAGAUCGUCGUACGGUAAAUGGUUCAAAACAAGCUUAGUCAAAAUUUAAGUGAGGGAAUUUAAGCACUUAGUAUAUAAUUAUCUAACAACACACAAACGUGCAGACAUACAUACAAUUAGUACAUACAAACAAAUAUAUAAUAUGGUAAUAUAUAUCUGUAUAUAGGAAAAAUACAUAACUGAGAAGAACAACAACAUUCGAGCAUAUAGACAUAUAUGUAUAUGUGUAUGAAUGGAAUGUACAGUUUACGUAUAUCCACACAACAAAUCGACAGACGAAAGAAGAACAUAAGAUGAGAAUGAGGAAAAAACAAAAACAAAUUUUAAUUAAUAUAUACAAUAGCAGUAAUACUUAUAUAUGUGUGUGCAUUUAGCCAGAAAACGCAUGUACUAUGUAUUUAUAAAUAAUAAGAAGUAAAAUCAAAGUAAAGUAAUGGGCGUGAGGGCGUAAAAAACCAAAAAGCAAAUCAAUAAAUAAUGGCUAACACUGUAGACGAGAAUGCAUAAACAAAGUAAAUAAAAGAAUAUGUGAACAAGCGAUAAUAUACAUAAUACAGAUAUAAGUAAAAGUAUAGUAAAAUCAACACUAAACUAACACACACAAGAAGGGUAAAAUAAAUAGGUAACAGUAAUAAUUAAUUAUACAAUCCAACAAUAAUAUAAAAUAGUAAUAGUAUGACAACAAAAACAACUUAAUAUAUAUCAGUUGCAGAGAUCAUAGAUAUAAAUAUAUAAAACAGAGAAGAAUCUAUGUAUAAUAACAAAAACAAAAACAAAAAACAACAACAAAAAGAUACUGAACAUUUUUUCUGUUUCGUUUUCUGACAAUCGACAAAUAGGCUCUCCUUGUACAAAAACAAAACAAAUGUAGCUAACUACAUAACUACAUAACAAAACACAACAAAAACAUAAAAAUUAGUAAUAAAAUAGCAAACCGAAAAUAAUAAUACAAAAGCUAAAUCAAAACACACAAAACAAAACCAAAAAAAAAAAAAACACAAAAUAAAAUGAAAUAAAAAUUAAAGAAAAACAAAACAAAAAA